AUGGCUCCUCUGCGACGUCAUAUCGGAGCCAGCCGCAGAAAGAGACAGGAGGAAGAUGGUGAAGAAGAGGGUUCAAUGGCUGGGGACAUGGGAGAUGACUCGUUGAGCGAAGGUUCGGUCGACAGCCACCAGGAGGACGAGGAUGCAGACGGAGAAGUCAGUGAAGAGAGCGAGGACGAGGUCCCUACGUUGGAUAAGGCGGGCAAGGUCAACGGUCGUGGGGUGGACAGAUCUACACGGAACAGUUCUGCAUCGCCCGAAAAACCAGGACUCAAGACAACAGUUUCGGAUACAGAGGCAAUGUUCAACGGCCUGAAGGUCUCAGACGAUGCGGGCGAUGCUGCGGAGGUUCAUUUCGACGAUCUGAGGGAACAACGGGAGCCUCAUGCUGGAAGAACGCCGUCCGCCCCUCCAACCGAACCAAAUCGGAACAAUUUAGCUUCCAGAAAGCGCCGCGAGAAUGACAAGUAUGUGAAGGAACGAGAGCAGAACCCAGCCUUCGUCCCCACUCGCGGCAGCUUUUUCCUUCAUGACAAGCGAUCCAUUGACAACGGUCACCGACUCAAGAGCAAGUCUCGCCCCUACGGCCUGAUCGUAGAUGGCAGCUCUCGUAGGUCUUCCAAGCCCGAUGCCAGCGGAGGGCAGUGGGCACACGAUCUCCACGAUACCGUGGCCGAGGAUCGACCUGCAGCAAAGCGCCCAACACCAUCCACGAUGCCUAAUCCUGGCGCAUCCGUCCCCACGGCCCCGAGAUCUUCCCCGCCCAAUCGGUCUUUUUCGAGCACAACGUUGGUUGGGAACGUACCUGUGGUCGUUUCCUUGCCGGGGAUGGCCAACCCAAUUCAUUUUUCUUCCGUGCCCAAGAGACUCCACACCCGGCUACCUCAACAUCGACCACCCUUGCGACGCGACAAGCCGGUACGAAUUUCUCUUCCCAGCCAGCCGCCCCGAUAUAUCUUCCCUUCGGUUGAACGUUCCUUUAUCUUCAUCCCCGCGCGUUGCGGCCGAACCAAGUCUCUCGUGGUCGAGGUCGUGGGGGCGGAUGGUACAGUGGACGACGUCCCAGCUACUACCCCAAUUCAUCUUACACCCCGAGCGUCGUCAGCCGUCGAUCUUCGUUUGGCAUGCCACCAUCUCAGGAUGGGUGGCCGUCACCUGCUGGAUCUGUCUACUCCAGACCCUUAA